CGUUUGACCAGUCAAACAUGGCGGUCCAUUUGGGCAAUCCCAUUCCACACUUGGUUGUGGAUUCAGUCGCUUUUCUUAAACGGGCUCGUCUUGAGGUUGGUAAAUUUAUUUCUACAUAACUAUUCGCAGACAUUCGGGUCCAAAAUUUACACCACGACCGAAGUGAUUCGUGAAUUACGAGACCCUCAAAUACGGGCCGCGUUGAAAUCGUUGCCCUAUGUGCUUCACCUGGAAGAACCGUCCAAGGAAGCCAUCAAAAUCGUCUCAGAGAUGUCCAAAAGAACUGGCGACUAUUCUGUCCUGUCCGCUACUGAUGUUGGGCUAAUUGCAUUGACCUAUGAACUCCACAAGACGCACGUGGGUGAGCCUGUAGAAAAACCUAUUGUGAGUUCACUUGGUUUUCGACCUACUAAUCCGUCACAGGUACCUUUGCCAGCAGAUCUGGGAGUUCAGGCUCGAUUGUGCAUGUCUGACUCGAAGGACUCAGAUGGUAGCUCUUCGGCGGCAAGUGAUGCAGAGACAACCGAGGAUGAAGGUGAUGAUGACGAUGUCGCCGAGCUGAAACUGGCUGAUGAUGGGGAUAAUGAAAUUCCUUCGGCUGACGAUUGGAUUUCGGAACACAAUUUCGAACAGAAGGCCGCGGAAAAUUUUGGAUUCGGAGGAAAAUUCAAAUGUCAAGAACCUAGUUCGGCGAAUGACACAUCGCCCCCUCCUGUUGUUGCAUGCUUGACCACCGAUUUCGCAAUGCAAAACGUGCUGUUCCAUCUGGGUUUGGAAUUGGUCAGCUUGUGUGGGAUGAAAAUCACACGCCCCCGAACACACCUCCUGUGGUGUGGAUCUUGCUUCAGGCCGACAAAACGCACGGACACCUACUUUUGCCCUUCGUGUGCUCAAGCCAAUCUACGCCGGAUCCCUGUCACUCUGAUGGAAGAUGGUCAAUUGCAGUUUCACUUCUCAAGAAGAUUUAUCAAAUCUCUACGGGGCUCGAAACAACCGAUUCGAAAACCACGAGGAGGGAAAUAUGCGGACGAACCUAUCUAUUGCCCUGAUCAACGUUUACCUGAUCGUCGGCCCGCGAAGCAGAAACACCCGGAUGUCCAACCAAUCGCCACGAAUGGGAUGUUGGAAGACCUGUGUGAUUUGGAUGAAUUAUGCCAAGAACUAGACAACAGCGGCUUCUCUGCUUUUCCACUUCAUGAUGUGACCAGCCGAUCAGCACGCAUGGGUAUCCGGUCAGAUCACCAGGUGCCCACACGGAGCUGGCAUCGUCCGAAAGCAGAGCAUGGACUGAAACCGAGUCGGGGUACUGCACAUUUGACUAAACCUCGGACUGGAAACAAAAAGAAGAAGAAACAGUCCAAACUUUAAGGCUUCCGGCCAGCCCCUUUUUGGCAUUUUGAGGUCUUUCUUGAUUACUACACUUCCUGCGCGU